AUGGAUAUCGCCACCACUUCCCGCGCCUACUUCGCCAUGCCCUCGCCCAGCCCCGAUGAGAAAAUCUCCCUCCAGGCCUCAAACACCGUCUACACAUACCACUGCCUGUGCAGCCACCUUCUCCUCGCAACCACCACACCCCUGCCUUCCCUGCCCACAAGGCGCCACUCGCGCGACGGAGCUCACAUCAUGCCACUCCCCCCGCCACCCUCAACCUCCAACCGCAAGAACUCAGCCUCGAGCAACAGCAGUGAGGACAGCAACAGCGACCACUACGGACUGCUCCUCUCCACCCGACAGGAGCGCCAGGCCGAAAUCAUCACAAACGAAUCCGGCUUCGAGAAGCGCUAUCUCCAGCGCUGCGGCCGCUGCGACCUCGUCGUCGGCUACCAGCUUGACUGGCAGCAGUUUGCCGUUGACCGGGCCGGCCGCAGAGAGGACUACGUCUUCCUCCUUCCCGACGGCUUUGUCAAGACCAGCGACAUGAUUGCCAACAAGAUGGCUUCGGCUUCGGCUGCCGGUGGCCCCAUGGACAGCACAGUCAGCGUCACCGAAGUCAGGGUGUGA